CCCGGCGCGGGGACGGGGCUCCGGCGCGCAACCCCGGGCAGCCCGCGCCCGGCUCCUGCCCGGGACGCGCAUUAGCGCGUUCCCGCCGUUGUCAUCUCAUCCCAUGUCACAGCCCCUCCCCUGGCUGGGACCCCGGCCCCAUUAUCCCGGGGCCCAGCCCUGGUGCUGACCUGCGGUCCCGGCCGCCUCUUCCCCGCACGGAUCCGGCCCUCCGGCGGCGAGCGCGCGGGCCCAGCUCCCGCAGGAGACGCUAGCCAGCGGGUUCUCACCGCUGUCACCUCGUCCCCGUGCCCGGCUCCUCCGCAGGCUCGGGAACCCCGGCCCCAGGCAGCCCGUUGUCCCGAGGCCCGGCCUCUCCCCGGAGCGGGAUGCAGCCCUCGGGCAGGGCGGCCGCCAGGGAGGCUGCGGGCCGCGACGUGCUGGCCGCCGACCUCCGGUGCAGCCUCUUCGCCUCGGCCCUGCAGAGCUACAAGCGCGACUCGGUGCUGCGGCCUUUCCCCGCGUCCUACGCCCGCCACGACUGUAAGGACUUUGAGGCCCUGCUUGCAGACACCAGCAGGUUACCCAACCUGAAAGAGCUGCUCCAGUCCUCGGGCGACAACGACAAGCGGGCCUGGGACCUGGUGAGCUGGAUCUUAUCCUCCAAGGCCCUGACGAUCCACAGUGCCGGCAAGGCAGAGUUUGAAAAGAUCCAGAAGCUGACCGGGGCCCCUCACACACCUGUGCCUGCACCAGACUUCCUGUUUGAAAUCGAGUACUUCGACCCAGCCAACGCCAAGUUUUAUGAGACCAAAGGGGAGCGAGAGCUCAUCUACGCCUUCCACGGCAGCCGCCUGGAGAACUUCCAUUCCAUCAUCCACAACGGCCUGCACUGCCACCUCAACAAGACGUCCUUGUUCGGAGAGGGGACCUACCUCACCAGCGACUUGAGCCUGGCCCUCAUUUACAGCCCCCACGGCCACGGGUGGCAGCGCAGCCUCCUCGGGCCCAUCCUUAGCUGCGUGGCUGUGUGCGAGGUCAUCGACCAUCCAGAUGUCAAGUGCCAAACCAAGAAGAAGGAUUCCAAGGAGAUAGACCGCAGAAGAGCGAGAAUCAAACACAGCGAAGGCGGAGACAUCCCUCCCAAGUACUUUGUGGUCACCAAUAACCAGCUCCUGCGGGUGAAGUACCUGCUGGUGUACUCGCAGAAGCAGGCCAAGAGCAGGGCUUCGCGCCAGCUCUCCUGGUUUGCCAGCCAUUGGUUUACGGUCAUGCUGUCCCUGUAUCUGCUGCUGCUGCUCAUCGUAAGUGUCAUCAAUUCCUCGGCUUUCCAGCACUUCUGGAAUCGUGCGAAGAGAUAAUCUCUCUGGGCCUGGCAUGGGGGCCACCUCAACCACGUGCCUUAGGGUGACUCCACCCGGACCUCCCCGGCCUCUCGGCCAGCCAGGUAGAGCCUAGGAGCCAGCCAGGGACCACAGGACAGUCUUCGUGUGCCAUACAUGUACCGAUUGCCUUGAUGCUGCUCCCGGCCACACUCACCGGGGCCCACUGGACCCCCACUCUUAGUUUCCGGGGGGAGCCCUCUCUUCUACUCCUGCCCAAAGUGGUCCGAGGGAGUUGGCUUCUCAGCCAGGGCCAAAGGAAAAAGUCCUGCUGCAUUUAAAAAACAAGUGUCCAGGCUGUCAGUGGCGUGUUUACAAUCGCUCCUGCCAGAGGCUUUUCUCUACUGCCUUCUGGAAGGCGGAAAAUGUGUAGCGGGAGCUAUAAAUCACCAGGCCAUUGCCUUGUUUUGACUCGAGACACCCAAGAGGCACAGUCAUGUUGCUCAUAAAAGUUGAUGGGAUCGGUUUUGGAUUCCAUCAGCCUUUGUAUGUGAGUGCAAAACAUUUUCACAGUUUUCUCAAAUCAACAAACAGCCGUCUGCCGUGCCCCCGGCCCAGCCAUGGAUGCGAAAGGAAGGGGACUUAGCAAGGAGCGACUUUUUCUAAUAGAA